UGAGUUCUCUUGAGCCUCUUGCCCAUUCUCUUUUCAGACUAGUGGAGGAGACAGGAGCGAGUGAGCAAGCGAGAGUGAGAGAGAGGCAAAAGGGAUGGAGCUCCUUUCGGUUGCCACAGUCAGUAUUUGUUUCCUAUCAGCUUUUCAUCCAGCAGAAUCUGCCACUGCUCAUUAUGAUAAGAUUUUGAGCCACAGUCGGAUCAGAGCACGUGAACAAGGGCCAAAUGUCUGCGCUCUCCAGCAAGUUAUGGGAACCAACAAGAAAUAUUUCAGCACAUGUAGAAACUGGUACCAGGGAGCCAUCUGUGGGAAGAAAGCAACUGUUUUAUACGAAUGCUGCCCUGGCUACAUGAAGAUGGAAGGUGAACGUGGCUGUCCAGCAGUUGCUCCCAUAGAUCAUGUCUAUGGCACUUUGGGCAUUGUGGGAGCUACUGCCACUCAGAGAUACUCCGACAUGUCAAAGCUGAGAGAAGAGAUCGAAGGACCUGGCUCUUACACAUUCUUUGCACCAAGCAACGAAGCCUGGGAUCUUUUGGACCGUGAAAUCCACAGUGGCCUGAUUGAGAAUGUAAACAUUGAACUGUACAAUGCCCUCCAUAACCACAUGGUAAACAAGCGAAUGCUGACCAAGGACCUUAGGAAUGGCAUGACUCUGGUCUCUAUGUACAACAACCAAAACCUUCAUAUAAAUCACUACCCUAAUGGAGUUGUCACCGUUAACUGUGCCAGAGUCAUCCAUGGCAACCAGAUUGCGACAAAUGGUGUUGUGCACGUCAUUGACCGUGUGCUGACCCCCGUUGGAAAUACUAUCCAGGACUUCCUUAACGUAGAAGAUGAUCUCUCUUCUCUCAGAGCAGCUGCCUAUACGUCAGAUGUGAUUAAUGUUCUUGAAAAACCUGGGCAUUACACACUUUUUGCGCCUACCAAUGAAGCUUUUGAAAAACUUCCACGUGGUGUCUUGGAGAGGAUCAUGAGUGACAAGGUGGCCUCUGAAGCUAUGAUGAAAUUCCACAUUUUGAACUCUCUUCAGUGCUCUGAAGCUAUCAUGGGAGGUGCAUCUUUUGAGACCAUGGAAGGCAACACAGUUGAAAUUGGCUGUGAUGGUGAAAGCUUGACAAUUAAUGGAGUCAAGAUGGUCAGUCGCAAAGAUAUUGUGACAAGCAAUGGUGUAAUUCACCUCAUAGACCAAGUGCUUAUUCCUGACUCAGCUAAACAAGUUAUUGAGCUUGCUGGUCCACAACAAGCUACCUUCAAAGAUUUAGUGUCUCAGGUUGGUUUGGCUGCAUCUCUGAGACCAGAGGAAGAAUAUACCCUCCUAGCUCCACUAAAUGGGGCUUUUUCAGAUGACACCUUGGCGAUGGACCAGCGGAUCCUUAAGCUGAUUCUUCAGAAUCACAUUUUGAAAGUGAAAAUUGGUCUAAAUGACCUCUACAAUGGGCAAUUCUUGGAGACUCUGGGAGGGAAGAAGCUCAGAGUGUUUGUUUAUCGCACGGCUGUGUGUGUUGAGAAUUCUUGCAUGAUCCGAGGAAGCAAAGAGGGGAGGAAUGGAUUCAUCCAUGUUUUCAGACAACUAAUUCAACCAGCAGAAAAGACUCUUCAUGAAACACUGAGAUCUGAUAAACGAUUCAGCAUAUUCCUCAGCCUGGUAGAAGCUGCAGACUUAGAAGAAGUUCUGUCCCAACCUGGUGACUGGACUUUGUUUGUCCCAACAAAUGAUGCUUUUAAAGGCUUGACGGAACAAGACAAACAGACUCUGAUGAGGGACCAAAAUGCUCUCCGGAAUAUUCUGCUUUAUCAUCUGACUCAGGGAGUUUUCAUUGGAAGUGGAUUUGAACCUGGUGUAACCAACAUUCUCAAAACUAUUCAGGGUGGCAAACUGUACUUAAAAGUGGUAAAUGACAGUCUCCUAGUGAAUGAACAGCAAUCAAAAGAAUCUGAUCUCAUGGCAACCAAUGGUGUAAUUCACGUUAUAGACAAACUUCUGUAUCCUGCAGAUAUGCCGGUUGGAAAUGAUCAACUCCUUGCAAUUCUCAAAAAGCUGAUUAAUUACAUUCAGAUCAAGUUUGUCCGAGGUAGCACAUUCAAAGAGAUCCCAAUGACAUUUUACACCACCCGCAUUAUUACUAAAGUUGUAGAUCCAAAGAUUAAAGUAACUGAGGGAGGCUUUGAGCCCAUUCUUGGAAAAGAAGAUAUUAAAACAAUAACAAGAGUUGUUGGUAGCACCGUUCGAAAAGAGAUUGAAGUGCCAUCCAUUACAAAAAUCACCAAAGUGAUUGAAGGGGAGCCAGAAUUUAAACUGGUCAGGGAAGGUGAAACAGUAACUAAAGUGAUUCAUGGAGAGCCUAAAAUUAAAAAAUACACGAAAAUAAUUGACGGCCUUCCUGUGGAAGUAACUGAAAAAGAAGUGACAGAAGAAAGAAUUAUUCAAGGUCCUGAAGUGAAGUAUACCCGCAUCACUACAAGUGAUGGGGCAGAUGCUGAGGAGACUCUUAAGAAAUUGCUGGAAGAAGAGGUUACCAAGGUGACCAAACUCAUUGAAGGUGAUGGUCAUUUGCUUGAAGAUGAAGAAAUCAAAAGACUCCUCCAGGGAGCUGGAUCUGAGUACACCAAGGUUACUAAAGUAAUUGAGAGAGAGCCAAAGGUUGUUGAGACAGAAAUAAAGAAAAUUCAUCUGGAAGAAACACCUGUAAGGAAAAUACAAACAUCCAGAAGGAUGCAAGGUAAGAAGGGAUCACCGCGGAGAAGAACACGGCUUGUCCGUCCUGGUGCAAAAAAGCAGAAUCCACAGAAAGAGAACUGAAGAACUGAAACAAUAAUCAGAAGUCACAAGGGAAAAACAUUUAUUGAACCACAGAUCACAUUAACAAUUAGGCAUUUCAGCCUGUAGCCCAUAUUUACAUGUUCACAUGGGGGAACAUGUAAUAGGAAGUACUUCCUGAAAGUACGCUUAAUGAAGAGAGAUUGAAUGUUUCAUUUUUUAAUUAAUUGGAAAUGUACAAAUAAAGUUAUAAUUCCAUCUGGAAAUAAAUUAAAAUUAUAAGACAUAACAUGUAAACUAUGUAAGUAAAGGUUUACUCCCUUUAUGUAAAUCAAUAUCAUCAAAACUAUUUGAGGAUUAUCUUUGUAUGACCUAUUUAAGUAUCAUUAUGGCACAUACAAUAUCACCUUUAAUAUUCAAAAUGGAUAUUAAACCACUGGCAUAGCAUCUUUGUUUUCAUCACUGUAUAAAAGUACUUGCCAGUGAAUCUGCUAAUUUCUCCUGUUUUUAUUCUUCAAAAAUUAUCCAAAUUUCAGAAGUUCCUCAAUUAUUUGCAAGUUCAAAAUUAAAACACACACAAGAAAAUGCUGGCUGAUAUCUAGAAGUGGCUCACUGAAUAAAUGGAAACUUGCUGAAAGCCUUUGUGAAUUUCAUUGAUUCACUGGGUCUGCUCUAGCUUUGAGUUAGGCCUUUCAGUAGAAACUCAUUUUUAAAAGUGCUUGUGAUUUAAACCACUUUCUCUAGUUGAAAUUGUAAAUCUGAUGAAGACUGAUCUAUAAGGUUCUGAAAAAGCCGAAUUAAAGAGCCAAGUGAUUCUCAUUUCAGUGGAACUAAAUCAGUUCCAUUCAAAGAAUGUCUUUUUGUCAUGUGUUGUCUUGUUUGUGGAUUUGACUCUCUGGCUGAAAUUCUCUGAUUUAUGAAAUGUGCAUUGAAAUCAACAGAGGUUCUGAAACUACAAACAUAUGCUACUCUAUUUGAUCUAGUGAGCCUUUAUUCUUGAAGUAUUGCAUUACAUAAUCUAAAACAGCAAAAUAAAGUUACCCCCAGUUUUUCAUUUAUGAACAGAAAAUAAUCAUAAGGAUUACAUAAUGUUAAAUUCCUCAUGGACCAUUAAAAUGUAUACAAAAAUUGUUUUGAUUCAGAAGAAAUGUUAUAUCAGUUUGGACUUGGUCUGAAAUAUUUUGUAUCAAAGAUGCUUUGCUCUUUUCCAUUAAUAAUGUGGGUAUGUUUGUAAAUUGUCCUUUUUAUAUCUUGUUUUUUGCUUCUGCCAUAUUUCUCUGUCAACUAUGCAAGUGUAUUUGUGAAGAGAAUAGCAUAAGUACAUGGAGAUGCCUUAAUUCUACAGUGUUUUGUCAAAAUAAAUUAGGGUGUGCCUUUAUAUUUCUAUUCUGCAACAAAAUAUUCAUUAAAAUUAGCUAAAUAAU